CUCUGCUCUUGCCUUUCACUUUUCUCAUCUGAAUCAUUUUCAUGCAGGCAGGAUGGCGCAGACAGAUUGUGCCAUGUUUGAAGAAGAUGAAGUAUGCAAGCGAUGUGACGACAAGAUCAUCUAUGGUAUUGUUACUGAAAGUUCAGAAUACGUCAGCAGUGACGAAGAAUACGAUGAUGAUGAAUUGUUAAGUCGUGGAACAGUUCGAAUAAUCUGGCACCCAGAUGGGAAUGAAACUGUUGAAGAAGAGAAAAAGGUUACAUUGGUAGACAGAUCCUUGAUGCCAGGAGAUGUUAUAAGACGAAUGAUCAGUGGUAAAAGUAGCCAAAGAGGAUAUGUACAAAAUUUAGUUGUCAAAUGUCACCUUCAUAUUAAAGGCACCAACAAAUACAUUUAUGAUGUAGAUGCAACAGAUCUGAAUCCUUUACGUGAGUUUGAUAUAGAUGAUGAUGUGUCCCUUGACCCUUGGUAUGGUAAAGUGAAAACAACUUCAAUGCGAUCAAGAGUUGUCUUUCCUGAUGGUGCACAAUGUAUUGCUGAAGAUGAAGACUUGUAUGAUCUGGAUAUUGUUCCUGAAGAUGGAGACAAGAAUGAUGUUGAAUAUGAUCAGGAAAUUUACCCAGGAUCUGUUCUUACUGGUGAGAGGGAGAAUCUCAAAGUUAUAAAGUGGAUCCAGGAGACAAAGAAAUACCACAAGAAAAUGUCACCAUCUCAAAGAAUCUUUGUCAGGGUAGAAGAGAGUCAUAUGAAUUCUGUACAUGUGAACUGGAUAUGCAGAGGAUUUAAUAUGACAGAUGAAACUAUACAGCUCCAUCAACCUAGUCUUAUCAAGAAAGAAGACCUACACAAGAUAAAAAAGUUAGGGAAAUUCCAUCACUGUAGUACACAGAUUAAUGACAUUAUGAUGUACACAAUCAGAGAUGCUGAUGUCCUAUCUGAAGUCAUUCCUGGAACAAAUCUAGAUAGUACCAUUAAUGAAUUGAAUAAUGCAAGAUCCAAUACUCAACCAGAUGCCAGCAAUGGUAACACAAUCAAUGAUGGGCUGAAUCUAUUGUCAGAACCUGUACCUAAUGGAACAGGAUGUUGCUCAGGGGAAGUAACUGCUCAAUGUAAAGAUGGUGAUAUUCCUGAUGUGUGUAGUGGUGAUAAUGACAGCGGUGUGUGUACAAAAUCAGAGGCAUUAAUGAAUGGACAUGAUGAUGAAGAAGAUGUUGAGAUGGAUGAUAGUUUAGAUACGAGUGAAGUUACUGCAAAUGAAUCACAGAUUGGGGAAAACAAUGAUGAUGCAGACUAUGAAGAUGUUCCUGAUCAAACAAAGGAGAAAAGGAAAAGAAUGCAGAAAAGAUCAGCUAAAGGGAAAAGGAAGAAGAAGAAAACAAUAGAGUUUCAAACUAAGUUCCCAACAUAUGAAGUUGGUGAUUCUGUAGCAGUUGUUGUUUAUUGUACAAUGUCUUUAGCAACAGUCAUGUGGCAGGAUGGAAGUGUAGAGAAAGAUGUAUCAUCAACAGAAUUGUAUCCAGUCCAUCAUCUUGAUGAACAUGAAUUUUUUCCUGGAGAUUUUGUUGUUGAAGCUAAAGAAGAAAGUGAUAAACCCAACUAUUAUGGAGCUAUAGUGAGUUGUGAUCACCAUUCCAGAACUUGUAUGGUCAACUGGUACAAACUAGAGAAUGGCUGUAAUAUUAGGACAUCUGAUUCCCCUGAAGAAGUAAGUGUGUAUGACAUAAAGGAUCAUCCUGAGUAUAAGUUUAGACCUGGAGAUAUUGUUGUUGCAGUAGGGGAUCCAAAGAAAAGUGGUGUUGGUAACCAUGCUGCAGGACAGGUAACCAGUCUAGAAAUACAAGGGGGCCUGUAUGUAAGAUGGCCAGAUGAUACCACUUCAUUUUGUAAUCCUCAAGAAUUAUACUUGGUUGGAGGAGAUAUGAGUGAGUAUGAUUCUGAGAGUGACAGUGAUGACUUUAGUGACAGUGACGAGAGCUGGGAGACAGAAGAAGAGGAGGAGGCGGAAUCAGAAAAUGAUGAAGAAGUAAAGAAAUCAGCUGUUCCUGUCAGAAAGGAGGAACUAGAGAGUCUGUUAGAUAGAGUAACAGCAGCCUUGUCUAAAUUAGACGAUCUGUUUAAAACAUUGCCACAAUCUAUGGAUGCAACACAGUGCUUUCAGGAAAUUAUUUACAUUUAUAAACGAUGUAGGGAAUUAGAAAAAAUACUGAAAUCUUCUUUUUAUAAGGAGGAAGAAAUUGUUUUACUAAUUGAUGAAGCUAAGAAAAGACUACGUAAAUCACGUACAGAGAAGUACAAUAAAAAGAUCGAGGAACUAAGCAAGCAGUUGAAAGAAGUAAGCCAAAAUUUAGAGAUAGAAUUGAACGGAUUAAUGAAAACUAUGAGUGUGACUGGUAAUGAGGAAACUAAUGAAACCAGUAUUGUAAAUGGAAGUAGUUUGGAGACGGAAUGUAAAGAAGGGGAAAGUAGUAAUGCAGAAAAUGUCUGUGAUAAAGUAAAGGACUCAGGAGCAGUAAAUGAACCUCUUAAGUCAUCUAGUGAAGGCAAAACAGGGACAGAUAACUCUAAGGCAUCUGUCUCUGAACCUCAGAUUAUUGGUGCUGAAGGAGAAAGUAAAUCAGCAGGGGAAGAUAACUCUGUGGCAGCUGUCUCAGAGUCACAGAUUCCUGGUUCUAGUAGUGUUGUAGGAAGUGUACCAGCAGAUACAGGCAUUGAUGCAGAUACUCAUACUUUAUGUUUAAAAAUCUGUGGACAUUUACAGGACAGAAUGAAGAGGAUUCUGGAGGAAGUUGUUCCAAGGUGGUUAGCUGAUGGUAAUAUUCUUAUUGAUGAUGAGAUGUACAACAAUAUUAGUCAGAUGUCUGUGUCUGAUAUUAUUGAAUCACCAGUAGACUUGCCAGAGGAUAACAAUACACAGGUAUCAUCGUCUGAUAUACAGGAAGUGAUGUCACCUACAACACCUACCACACCUACAGAUAUACCUGAGAUUGUUGAUGAGGCUGUAUUGUGUAGAUUUAUCCAGGAGAGUGAAGUUAACCCCUGUCACAAGUUCUACAGUAUGUCACAUACACCAACAAACUUAAAAACAUUCAUGACAGCAGUUAGUAAAGAGAUGAGAUUAUUACAGAGAUGUCUGCCAGAAGGGAUUAUAGUUCGAGGGUAUGAAGACAGAAUGGACUUGUACAGUGCAAUGAUAAUAGGACCAAGGAAGACACCCUAUGAAGAUGCACCAUUCUUCUUCGACAUCCAGCUACCAAACGAUUAUCCUAAAUCUCCUCCAGCAUUCCAUUAUAUCUCAUUUUGUACUGAUAGACUCAAUCCAAAUCUAUAUGAUGAUGGAAAAGUUUGUGUUAGUCUGUUAGGAACAUGGGAAGGCAAGGACACAGAAACUUGGACCAGUAAUUCUAGUCUUCUUCAAGUUUUAGUGUCAAUUCAAGGAUUGAUUUUAGUGGACGAACCAUACUAUAAUGAGGCAGGGUAUGAAAAACAUAGAGGUACCCAACAGGGAGCAGAAAACAGUAAAAUGUACAAUGAGAUGGCAAUUCUCAAAUUAGUAGAGAGCUUAACAAAUAUGAUCAAGAAUAUUCCAGAAACUUUUAGAACAGAAUGUGUUCAACAUUUGAUGAAGUUUGGACCAAGGAUGAUACAAAGAUUCAUCUAUUGGAGUACAAACCCAGACCCAGUGGGAUUGUCUUCAGUCAGUCAAGAAAAUGGUUCAAUCUUGAAACCAAAAGAAACAAACCAGCUACCAUCUGAAUCAUCAAUGGCAGACAAUUCAAGAAGUAAAUUUGAAUUAAAUGGUGAUGAAACUGCUGAAGGCAACCAAUCAGCCAAUCAGAAGCCAGUAUUGUCAGAGGCUACCAGUGCUAGUGCUACAACCAGUCUUUCGUCUUGUAAUGACAUGUGUAUUGACUCAAGUGUGGAGUUCCCACUCUUUCCUUUAUCCCGAGGCUUCUGUAUCACCAUGAACAAGAAACUAGCAACAUUAAAAUCAGUAUUGAAUACAAUGAUUGAAUUACACAGUAAUCAAUUAUAACAUUCAAAAUCAGCAUUAGAAUUUCAAAAAAAUGGUUAAAUCUGUCUAAUACAGGGUUUAAUUAAGUUAAAAAAGCUGCUCAAUUUUGACAGGAAAAUGUUCCAACAGAAUAAGCAGGGUUUGAAUUGUGUAUCUUUACUUUAUAAUAGAUGAUGCUUAAAAGCAUACAAUAAGUAUUUGUCAACCAGAAAAAAAUGUCCUUAUUGUUUGUUAAAAAAAUUGAAUUACAUAGCUUGUCCUUAGAUUAAAACUUCCUAUGCAAGGCAUUUUUAUAGCAUCAUUUUUUAGAAUGGAAGAUAUUUUUCUUAAGAUUAAUUAUCUGACAAUGAAUUAUUGACAUAAGUGAUGUAUGCUGCAUAUUUAUUAUCCAUGAUACACUGAUCCUUGUGAUAAAUGUUGUACAACUUUGAAUUAUUUAAAAUAUUAUUCAUCUUUACAAUUUAUUAAGACUUUUCUUCUAUUGAAGGUUUUGAAAAUGAUGUUUGAAGAAUACUAAAUUCAACAUCAAUAAUAACUCUACACACUUCAGGGGAGGGACAGUUUUCUUUUGAAAAAAAAACAACAUUAUCAUGUGGUGUUUGCUUCUGAAAGAAAAUAUUAUUCUGUGAUAUUGCUAUAUUUAUUGUUUUGUUUGUGGUGUGUUCAUGUAUCGCAUGCAUUAAGAAUAGAAUUUAAAAAAAUUCUGCACAUUAUCAUGUUUUUCCAUUGUUCAUUUAUCACAUCAAUUAAAAUCACUCAAUAAUCAAUGAAUUUACAUGUUCAGAAGAAACACAUGUUAUUUAAUGUAAAAAAAAAAAGAAAUAUUAAAUUACUGUGAUAUUUCUAUGUCAGACUUUAUUUUUUUUUGAAGCACUAUUGAAAAAGAUUCAUUUUACUCUGAAAAAUUGCUUUAAAAAAACUGCAGUAAAUGCAACUGUAAUUAAUAGUGCUAUAUCAUGAUGUUUUGGGUCAAAACCAUACCUCUUAAAAUAUAAUUUUAAAUUAUUCAAACUACUCUUCCAAAUUUUCAACUCAAUCUUCAAUCAAUUUAAUUUAUUUCAGACCCAAAAUGGCACUAGUGGGGCUUUGAUAUAAAAUUUUAACUAAUUUAUUUAUUUAUUGAAAUUGCAGUUUGU